AUGGUCAAUCUCCUCACUAAAGUCGGCUUUUCCGCCGUCGUCGUCCUCGCCGUUCUAUUCCAGGUUUUCCUCAAAGACACCGUAUGGAUGCUCCUCGGCAUCGGCAGGGUUAUGCAGCCGCUGUCUGACUUCCCCUACACGUGCCGCAGGAUCGUCGAUCCGCGUUUGGAAGCUUGUGAGGACAUGUGGUUGUCGCAGUCUACGAGGCAGAUGUUCCUUGCGUGCUCGGAUUCUAUCUCGCGACAGACCUGGAUGCCUAGUAUUGGUAAACUGAAUCUCACUGGUCGUUCUGAGCGAGACGCUAUUGUCGCGCUGGACAUUGACAAGCCUGUUGGCGGUGGCUUCCAAAUGCGAACUCUUAAAACCCCUGGGUUCUCGGGUACUCAUGGAGACGGACUGCUUAAUUUAGUCGGCUUCACUGGAAUGGAGAACUCUGCUGGUGGUAUUGACUUGAUGCUUGUUAACCUGCGACCCUCUGUCGAUCCUGAAAGUGGAAAGUUCCUUGACCAAUAUGCCCAUGGUGCCAAUACCACGAUCGAUCACUUUACAACGGGCCCUGAAGCAACUGAGAUGAAGCAUGUUCGUACUUUUGCUGACCAGGGUAUUUCCACGCCAAACCGUGUUGCGGUUCUGGACGAUAAGACGUUUUACAUCACAAAUGACCACAGACCCCACAAGGUUGGCUUGCAAAGUCAACUGGCCAUGUUUCUAGGCACCGCCAACAUGCACUACUGUGAAGCAAACGCACCCUGCAAACAAGUUGCCGGCAACAUGAAAUUCCCCAACGGCCUCGUGCGCAAAGACGACAUGCUCUACGUCCCAGACUCCGCAGCCGGCACUCUGUCCAUCUACCGCAUCCUGCCCAACAAAGACCUCGAAAAGGUCGACGAGGUGAAGCUCGGCUACGGCCUCGACAAUGCCUCGGUUGACGAGAACGGGGAUAUCUGGAUCGCUGCUUUUCCCGUCACGGCUGCUAUUUUCGCAGCGUAUGAGGAUCCGCAUGGUGCGCGUACUCCGACUGCGGUGCUGAGGGUCAAGAAGACGGAGGGCAAGUAUGUGGUUGAUAAGGUUAUCGAGGAUGCGGAUGGUGAGCUUCUUCCGGCUGUUACGACGGUUGUGCAUGAUGCCAAGACCGGAAGGCUUUUCUUGAGCAGUGUUAUUUCACCGUUCAUCGCUGUUUGCGAGCCAAAGGUUUAA